UUUUUUUUUUAACUAGAAGGGAUUUUAACUAAGAAGCGGCGUAUGUGUUGGGGGAGCGGCGUCUCCUCCCCGAGGUCGCGUUUGGUUGGUGCUCCCGGUUUUGGAUUAUGGUUGUGUUGCUGGUUUGGCGUUUCCAGGCGUGAGGAGGACGAGGACGAGGACGAGGACGAGGACGAGGACAGAGGCCCGCACACUCUGGUGUCAGACUGAAUUCAGCACGGGAUGCUAACGAUGUAGCUGCGCGGCUCCAGCGGCGCCGUGCAACUGCAAUUCUUUUUAUUGUUGUAGUGUUUUUUUUGUUGUUUUGUUUUUUUUUAUAUAUUUUUGUUUUCUGUUUUUAAUUUCACUCCAUAAAACUGGAACCUCCUGGCGCUGUUUAUGAAGACCUUGUGUGGACAGUAAUGACCGCACGCUUCCGAUUGCCUGCCGGCAGAACCUACAAUGUACGAGCAUCGGAGCAGGCGCGGGACAGACAGCACACAGAGGUGCUCUGUAAUGUACUCCUCCUGGACAACUCUGUGCAAGCUUUCAAAGUUAAUAAGCAUGAUCAAGGACAGAUCCUGCUGGAUCUAGUGUUCAAACAUCUUGAAUUGACAGAAAGAGACUACUUUGGAUUGCAGCUGGCAGAUGAUUCUACUGACAGUCCGAGGUGGCUGGAUCCAAACAAACCCAUUAGGAAGCAGUUAAAAAGGGGAUCUCCUCAUUGUUUGAACUUUAGAGUCAAAUUCUUUGUAAGUGACCCAGAUAAACUACAGGAAGAGUACACUAGGUACCAGUAUUUUUUGCAGCUGAAGCAAGAUAUUCUUACUGGAAGGUUACCUUGUCCGUACAACACUGCAGUGCUUCUGGCAUCCUAUGCUGUUCAGUCUGAACUGGGAGACUGUAACCAGUCAGAGCACUUGCCUGGCUACCUCGCCGAUUACUGUUUCAUCCCAAACCCUCCUCAAGACUUUGAAAAGGAAAUUGCAAAACAACAUCAGCAACACAAAGGCUUGUCUCCAGCAGAGGCAGAACUGAACUAUGUUAAUACAGCACGCACGUUAGAAUUCUACGGAGUCGAAUUGCACUAUGCAAGGGAUCAAAGUAACACUGACAUUUUGAUUGGAGUCAUGUCAGGAGGGCUUGUAAUUUAUAAGAACAGGGUACGAAUCAACUGCUUUCCAUGGUUGAAGAUUGUAAAAAUAUCUUUUAAAUGUAAACAGUUUUUUAUUCAGAUCCGAAGAGAACUGAAUGAAUCUAGAGAAACGUUAUUGGGGUUUAACAUGGUCAACUAUCGCGCUUGCAAGAAUCUGUGGAAAGCUUGUGUGGAGCAUCACACAUUCUUCCGCUUGGACAGGCCUCUGCCUCCACAGAAGAACUUUUUUGCACAUUACUUCACGUUGGGUUCAAGGUUCCGGUACUGUGGCAGGACAGAAGUACAGUCUGUGCAGUAUGGCAAAGAAAAAGGCAUAAAGGACAGAGUUUUUGCCAGGUCCCCGAGUAAACCAUUGUCCCGGAAACUGAUGAGUGGGAUGGACUGGGAUACGGUGAGCCGGAAUUCCCUUUCGGAUGAGCGGCUGGAGACGCAGAGCCUCCCCACACGCUCCCCCCCUGGAACCCCUAACCAUAGGAACUCCAUGUUUGCACAAGAAGGAACCCGCUUACGACCGUCUUCCGUUGGACAUUUGGUUGACCACCUGAUCCACACGUCACCAAGUCAAGUCUUUGCCAACCACAAAUCCCCCUCCUCCACACAAGCAAACAGUAUCAGCCUGGACGACUCCUCCCCGUCACAAGAUACAACAAUAGAUGGCCAGCCUCCAGCACUGCCUCCCAAGCAGUCUAAAAAGAACAGCUAUAACCAGAUCAGUUGGUGCCACUCCCAGCAUCAGCUGGAUAACCACAUUCAUGAAAUGUAUGAUGUCCCUCUCGCAUCAGAAAAAGCAGUGCUAAAUGGUGUCAUUCCACAUGACAAUCUUGUCCUGAUCAAAAUGAGUCCAGAUGAAAAUGGCAGGUUUGGGUUUAAUGUGAAGGGAGGUUCUGAUCAGAAAAUGCCUGUGAUUGUGUCUCGAGUGGCACCUGGAACAUCGGCAGACCUGUGUGUCCCUCGUUUGAAUGAAGGUGAUCAGGUUGUAUUGAUCAACGGCAGGGAUAUAUCGGAGCACACCCAUGACCAGGUCGUCAUGUUUAUUAAAGCAAGCUGUGAGAGCCAUUCUGGGGAGCUUAUACUACUGGUGCGGCCCAACGCCAUGUAUGAAGUAGUGGAAGAGAAGCUGGAGAACGAGCCAGAUUUCCAGUACAUCCCAGAGAAACCCCCCGUGGAUGGAGCGCUCCUGGAUGACAAUGCGCUGAGAGAGUCCAUGUUGCAGCUACGGGAAGGGCUGAGCAGCGGAACUGUUCUGCCUCACUUUGAUCAACUUUACAGGAAAAAGCCUGGAAUGGCAAUGUCUUGUGCCAGAUUACCUCAGAACAUUCCCAAAAACCGAUACAGAGACAUCUCGCCUUAUGAUGCAACACGGGUUGUUCUACAGGGUGCAGAUGACUACAUCAAUGCAAAUUAUAUCAACAUGGAAAUCCCUUCUUCCAGCAUUAUAAACCGGUACAUCGCCUGCCAGGGUCCUCUGCCCAACACGUGUUCAGAUUUCUGGCAGAUGACGUGGGAACAGAGCUCCUCCAUGGUGGUGAUGCUGACCACUCAAGUGGAGCGUGGCAGGGUAAAGUGUCACCAGUACUGGCCAAAUCCUGGUGGAAGUGCUCAGUACGGCAACUACCAGAUCACUUGUCUCUCAGAAGAAGGAAAUUCAGCCUUCCUGUUCAGAGAGCUGACUUUGACGCACUCAGAGACUGCGGAGAGCCGGGCGCUGACUCAGAUACAGUACGUGGCAUGGCCGGACCAUGGCGUUCCUGACGACUCCAGUGAUUUCCUUCACUUUGUGAGCCUGGUGCGGAACAAGAGAGCAGGCAAGGAUGAGCCAGUUAUUGUUCAUUGCAGUGCUGGUAUUGGUCGGACUGGCGUCCUCAUCACCAUGGAGACAGCGAUGUGUUUGAUUGAGUGCAAUCAGCCGGUGUAUCCAUUAGACAUUGUGAGAACAAUGAGGGAUCAGAGGGCUAUGAUGAUUCAGACACCAAGCCAGUACAGGUUUGUUUGUGAAGCUAUCUUGAAGGUGUAUGAAGAGGGAUUGGUUCACCCUUUAAAGUCCACACUGUACGAGUAACCCAAGGACACGACGAUUCACUGUGGAGAGCUGUCCGUUUGCCUCACAGCUGAAGACUGAAUUUCCAGCAGCAUUUCUGGGUGCUAUAACUGGCUUUCACGAAACGCUGCCUACAAAUAUCAAUGAGCGAAAGAGCUUGGAUUCUUGGAGAAAAUUUAGCACUAUUGCACUUUAUUUUAAAAAGAAAGAAAAAAGAAGAAAAAUGCUUGAUGAAUGCGUUUGAUUGAGAAAAUAUUGUAAUGUUGUUGUGCUUCUUUCUAAGGUGAUAGGUACUUUUAGGGAUAAAGAGGCUCCAGGGUAAAUCCAAUUAAAAUAUUUGGCUGUAGUGCCAUAAAGGUGAGGGUAGCCCUCGCAGAUGACCCUGUUUACUUAAUGCUUAAAGUAUAGUUUGCCCAUUAAAAAGGCCAAUAUAAUACAAGUGUCACUACACCUAAUUCAUUUAAAUCUUAAAGAUUUAUAUAUGCCGCCUUCAUAAUUUGCAACUCAAUUUAUUAAUUUAUUUUAUUUCCAGAUUUUAAUUUGAUUAGUUUUUAAUUCAGUUUCCACGUAGGAGUAAAAAUCUGGUAUUUUCUAAAGUACACAAAAGAAGUCUGAAAUACCAUUUAAAAUCCAAACAAACAAGAAAUCCUGCUGAUUCUUUAGUAACAGGAGGCAGUUUUAACAUUAAGUAAUCUUUGCUUAUCACUUGAAAUAACCAGUAGUAAGGUACUGACUAACACUGGUACUGGGGAAGCACUUUUGCUGCACAGUAUGUGUCUGACAUGCCUUGGGCAGUAAGAUAAUGCCGCUUGGCAGUAUGUUUGGGUUAGCUGUGGGAUUUACAUAUUUUUACAGUGAUUUGGCAAGUAUCAUUUCUAAUGCCGGAUGCUGUUAAUGUGUUCGUAAAUAGACAAGUGUGCUUUUCUAUUUUCAAACCCUUCCCUUGUCCUGCGCUCUGAGCUCUGCACCCCUUUAUAUCUUUUCAGUAGGUGUGCUGCUUGGAAUCUCACCAUGUUUUUAAAGAUAAUGGUAAAAAUCCUUUAAGUCGAAGUGACCAGACACACAGAAACCCAGCUGAAGCUUGUUUAAAUAAGCUCUUGUGAUUGGUUUGUGAAGUUAACAGACACAUCAAAUACUAGAGAUAUGUAUGCAGUUCAGAAUAUUUUAUUUGAAUAUUUGUGUGUAGUGUAAUUAUUACAUGCUUUGGCUGGGUUGUUGUGUGGACGGUCAUGUAUCGUAGAUUAUAAGAGUUAUUUAUGUUGGUUCCCUUUUUAGCAGUACUACACCUUUUCCACGUUGCUUGAAUAGAUCUUUUCUCUCUCUCAGUGCUGUUAUUGUUUGUUCAGGGUUACAAAUAUGAGGUUGUGCUUUCUUUUUAGUAAAUUAUUAGGUAUGUUGCAAUGGUAAUCAGGUCCAGCAGGUGGCACUGUUAUACAAAUAUAUAUAAAAAGAUCCAGAAACAUUUACAUAUUUGUAUUGUACAUGUUAAGCUUUGAUUGCAGUAUUUUCUGGAAUGUUAACUUGAUUUUCUUUGAAUAUGAAUGGAUAUCACUUUUGUAGCUUUUGCAAGUUUGGUUAAAUGUGAAAAAGUUCUAAAUGUGCAAAUCUUUAAAGUUUCAUUCAUAAGAUUAUUUCCAAAAGCACAACUAGAUCCUUAUCCGGUUUGUUUUGUACAUUACCAAAACAAAAUCUUUUUAUGCUUUAUCAUAUUGAAGUAGCGAUGCCACCCCAUAAACACGUUACCUGCAGAGCAGGAUGAGUCAACUGAAGGACACCUGCGUUGGAUGAUUAGACAGGCAUGCAGUUUGCAGCUGAGACGGUGGCAUGCAAUGUGCCCAGCCCUCCUCUAAACUGAACGACGUCUUGCACUGAAGCAGCUGCUGCACAUGCAUGUAUUUACAUCCAGGAAGAAAAAAGUAAAUAAAAAUCAGGAACAUUUCACAUUUUUGAUUUUGUUAAAACCUACAGUCCUUGUAAAAACAUGAUUUUAAAAUUAAUCUUUAAUCUUAUUAGUAGUUUAGUUAAUGAUUUGUUUAGCUAAAAGUGAUGCUUACAUGGCCUGCUACUGUUAUAGAUAGUGAUAUUAGUGCUCCGAAAGUGAAAUCGUUAUUAUUAUUUUUUAAGACAUUAGAAAAUUAGUUUCAGUGCCAGGAUUUCAAAUAAAACUUCGCUCUUGAUGUGUAUCGACAUUGAUUUGCUUAAUGAAUAUAUGAAGUCACCUGUGUUUAUAGACUGGGUAGUAUCUUGCAAGUGUUUUAUCUUGCCAGAGUUAGGUAAUACAUGUAAGUGUUUUUGUUUUCUUUUUGGCAGCUUGAACUCCCUGGCCCCGCUGUAAAUACGUGGUAGUUGAGGUGGGGCCUGACCACUUCAGUUGCUUUAACUGUCAAAUGAUUGUGUAACACACUCUUUGUGAUGUGUUUGGACUGAAUACCUUAUAAGCAAAUGACAAUAGCAAGCCUCUCUAGCGUCUUUUUUGUGUUGAAAGGACUGUUUGAGUCUCUUUUUCGCACAUGUUAAAGUCACAAAGCCCUAAAUGAUCUACUUGCUAUUUGUUUGUAAUAAUUCAUGUUUUUGAGACUAACAAACAGUAUGAUUUGGGUCUUCAAUUUUUCCUAAAUAAGGGGGGGGGG